GCCCGGGCCGGGGAGGCCGCCGCCGCGCGGAGAUGGCGGCCGAGAUCCACUCCAGGCCGCAGAGCAGCCGCCCGGGGCUGCUGAGCAAGAUCGAAGGCCACCAGGACGCCGUCACGGCCGCUCUGCUCAUCCCCCAGGAGGAUGGGGUCAUCACGGCCAGCGAGGACAGAACCAUCCGAGUGUGGCUAAAGAGAGACAGCGGACAGUAUUGGCCCAGCAUCUAUCACACCAUGGCCUCUCCUUGCUCCGCUAUGACGUACCAUCACGAGAGCAGACGGAUAUUUGUGGGCCAGGAUAACGGAGCAGUGAUGGAAUUCGUCGUAUCUGAAGACUUUAAUAAAAUGAACUUUAUCAAGACCUACCCAGCACACCAGAACCGAGUGUCAGCCAUCAUCUUCAGCCUGGCCACUGAGUGGGUGAUCAGCACCGGCCACGACAAGUGUGUGAGCUGGAUGUGCACUCGCAGCGGGAACAUGCUGGGCAGACACUUCUCCACCUCCUGGGCCUCAUGUCUCCAAUACGAUCUUGAUACGCAGCAUGCUUUUGUUGGGGAUUAUUCUGGACACAUCACCUUGCUGAAGCUUGAGCAGAACAGCUGUUCAGUUAUUACAACCCUCAAAGGACAUGAAGGAAGCAUCGCCUGCCUCUGGUGGGACCCCAUACAGCGACUUCUCUUCUCCGGCGCUUCUGACAACAGCAUCAUCAUGUGGGACAUCGGGGGACGAAAGGGCCGCACGCUCCUGCUCCAGGGCCAUCAUGACCGGGUCCAGUCCCUGUGCUACCUCCAGCUUACAAGGCAACUCGUCUCCUGUUCCUCAGAUGGGGGCAUUGCUGUGUGGAACAUGGACGUGAACAGAGAGGAGGCUCCUCAGUGGCUGGAAAGUGAUUCAUGUCAGAAAUGUGAACAGCCUUUUUUCUGGAACAUAAAGCAGAUGUGGGACACAAAGACUCUGGGAUUAAGACAGCACCACUGCAGGAAGUGUGGGCAGGCCGUGUGUGGCAAAUGCAGCAGCAAACGCUCCAGCUACCCCAUCAUGGGGCUUCGAGUCCAGGUCCGAAUGUGUGAUUCCUGCUACGACUCCAUCAAGGACGAGGACCGGACUUCGCUGGCCACUUUUCAUGAAGGAAAACACAACAUCACCCACAUGUCCAUGGAUGUGGCCAGGGGCCUAAUGGUGACCUGUGGGACUGACCGCAUGGUGAAGAUCUGGGACAUGACGCCUGUGGUGGGUCGCAGCCUGGCCACCAGUUUCUCUCCACACUGACCCGGCCACCGAUUACCUGCUCUUGUGCGGAAGCUACACAUGCAUAGUAGCCACUAAAACCAAAUCAAACCAAUUGGCGAGGUUUUUUGUUGUUGUUAUUGUAUUUUUUUUGUUUAUCUUUUAUUUUCUUUAAAGAAAAAUAAUGUCCAGGUGUCCAGGUGUGUGAGGGGCCCUGGCUGAAGCCAGUUCACUCUGCUGGUUUCCUGAGGGGCAGCAUAUUUUCCUCAUAUUCCCCAGCAAUUGUUCCUCAUCGAUGGAGAGCUUGUGCAUGCUAGAAAAGGAUCUGGCAAACAAGCACCUUAGUGGAAACUGCACUGAACCCCAACAGUGGAUGCUGGAACUGUUGUCAGAGUAUUUCUGAGUAUGCACACACUUUUCACUUGCAGAUGGGCUGGGGUCCCCCACCUCACAGAGGCCUCCCCUGCAGCACUCAGUUGUUGA